CAUGAUGUUGCAAGGAAGCGAUAGACUCGUAGAAGCCCUCCGUCACUGAGCGGUCGACAGCGAGGAGGAGCAUGUUGUUGGUGGAUCCCAAGGGCCCUAAUCGUCGUUGGAGCCACACAUGAGUCCCCAGAAGACGCGGCCUCGUCUUUAGAGCACGUCGUAGUUGAUUUUUGGGCGGGGAGACACGGAGCCUUGUUGCGGUUGUUGGAUCGAUUGGUUAGGGCUUGGUGCUGUAUCUGGGAAAUUGGUGCGACUGCCGGCGCAUUGCCUGGGGUUUCUAAGUUUUGGCGUAGGGAGUAGUUGGAAAGAGGUUUUGAGGGUUUGAAAGAGGGCUUUGUUGUUAAGGGUUGUGAAGAUGGGUGAUUCGAGAGAGGGGUCGCCUGAUUCAGCGUAUUCGGCAGGAGAGGGUAAUGGUACGGGGAGGGCGGCGAGACCAGUGUUAGAGGAUUCUGAGGAGGAAGGGAUUAUUCGCGAUGAAGUGGAAGUGGAGCCGGAGGUGGAGGAUCGUAAGGCGGGGAGGGGGCGGAAGCGGUUGGUGAAGAAAGCCGUUGUUGAGGAGUCAGACGAAGAGGACAGGGGAAGAGGAAGGGCACGGAAUGAUGUGGUGGAGUCUGAAGAAGAGGAACCAGAGAUAAGGAGGAUAAUGAAGAAGUCGCGGGUGGAGGAGAGGGAUUCCCAUCGGGAGAAGGGUGGUAGAGGGGGUAAAGGGACCAGUAGUAGGGGCAUGUCUGGGAAGAAGGGGGAAAAGGAGAUGAAGGAGAUGUGGGAUUCUGUGGCAGGGAAUGGUGAUGAUUCUGACGAUGAUAGGUUCAUUGACGAUGAAGGAGUGCCAGAGGAAGAUCGUGUUGUGUACAGCGACGGAGAGGGAGAUGAUGACAGAGAUCGGAGGCACCCCGAGGCUGAGGAGGCGGAGGAAGAUGAGGAUGAGGAUGGGAAAUUAUUUGGAAAGGGUAAGAAGAAGAAGAAGCUGGAACGCACUCCUGAAGAAAUUGCUAUGUUUGUUGAGCAGUUUAUGGCGAAGUUGGACGUUGCAGCUGAGACUGACGCCGACCUUAAUCGCGCCCAAAAGCCUGCAAUUGAGAAGUUAAAAAUGCUUCCGGAGCUAUGGACUGUACUUCAGAAACGGCAAUUGCAGAUGGAGUUUCUGGAUCGUGGUGUAUUGUCCUCCCUGAAGAACUGGCUGGAGCCCCUUCCUGAUGGCUCUUUACCCAACAUGAACAUUCGUACAACUCUGUUGAAGCUUCUCACUGAUCUUCCCAUCGAUGUUGAGAUGUUCGAGCGAAGGGAGCAACUUAAGAAGAGUGGUCUUGGUAAAGUCGUUAUGUUUCUUUCUCGACUUCCAGAGGAGACACCCGCUAACAAAAAGCUGGCUAGAGACUUGGUGGAUAAGUGGAGUCGGCCAAUUUUCCAGAAGAGCACUAGGUACGAAGAUUUGCGAACUUAUGACGAGGAGAGACCAUUGCCUCGGAGAGCGCCAAUGAAGAAAGCUCCCGCCAAACAUGCAAAUGUUGACAGGGGAGAUGACCUCGACAUCCUUCAAGGAUCUCAGGAAUUAAAGCGGGGUGAUCCAGGCUACAGGCAACACGCUUCUAGACCCGAAGCUCUUCCUCUCGACUUCGUCCGGCGCCCCGAGUCGAAAGUAGAUCCGCAGGAACUUCAGAAUAGGGCACGGCAGCAGCGCCAGGAUGAGAAACGAAUGAAAAUGAAUAAGAAGCUGCAACAAUUGAAAACAACUAAGAAGAGCAUGCAGGCAUCAAAGAUUAGCGUUGAAGGUCGUGGCGCUGUCAAUUACUUUUAGUGCGCAAGUGUGUAGCCUCUUUGAGAGUUGAGGACUCGCAACCGCUGACAAUAUUCGUCGUAGACCUGAUGAUUUACUUCUCAAUUGCCGUAUCUGCCUUUCCUCUGCGCCAAUUGACUCUAGGCAGUGCAGCAGAUGAUGUCACCUCAUGCGAUUAUAAUUAAUUAUAUCAUCAGGGGGACAGCAGAGGAAUUGGAUUCUUAUUCCAGAUUGUAAAUUUUAUCAGUCCGUCAUUGUGCAAUACAAAUCUAUCAGAAUUUUACCUUUAUUUAA